AUGGACGGUUCCACGCGCAAGCUAGGGGCAAAACGGCGCCUCUGCGGUGGUGACGUGGCGGCGGCGCCAACGUCGGCGAAGCGGCCGGCAACGGCGCCUCCCGCUGCCGCCAGCGGCAACCAGCAGGAGCUGCUAUCAUUGUUCACGGACUGUAUGAGCGCCCUUUCCACCAACAAGAUAUGCAGUCGCAACGCGUUCGAAAUCGGCUUCAUCGACCACAUGACCGACCUGGUGCACUUGGACGGUGGCUCCGACGACGAGGAGAGCAUACCAGAGAUUCCGUCGGGCGACGCUGGCUCUGCUGCAAGCCGUAGGUUGAACUUUACGCGCGCUUCGAAGGUUGUGGAGAGUGCCAGCAAGAUUUACGGCUACCGCAUCGAGGCCAUUUACGACCAGACCUUCAACGUGCUUAUGAGCAUGAACAGCGCCAACCAAUCUGAGGGAGGCGGCUCUUUUCCGACGGCUGAAAAGCCACGCAGCCGCGCUCGUGCCAAAGUGGACUACACGUCAGGCUCACGCACCCUGGCACCGGAGGCGGAGGUCACUCUGUCGGAGAUACCAGUCGAUAACGUUGUUCUCGACCCGUACUUCCUUAAGAUAUCGUCAAUGUUCGACCAGAGCGGCGCGCAGGGGUUGCUUCUGACAAAUUUACAGGUGACGGACGACCUGUCCCUGGACCUCGACGGUGAUAGCGUUGUGUUCUCAGCCCCCAAUUCCAUGCACGCGGAGACCGGCGCUGCCUAUUUAUCGUCCGAUUCCCUUCGCGAAGUGGCUCUGAGGGGCGUUACUGACUUGUCCAAGCUGGAAAUUUUACCUGAGGCGUCAUACUUCCGUAACCAACUACAACGCCUUCAGGACCUGAAACGCAGGAGGCAAGGUGGCGCCGCUGAUGACCUGGACGCGUGUGUAGAACCGCCGCCGGAGGCAGAAUCACUAAUGGAUCUACCCGAUGCAGGGUAUGCGAUCGAUAUGUACGACGACGAUUAUGCUUGUGAUCUGGCGCUGACCCAACCGGAUGCUGGCAUGGAAGAACCGUCGUACGGAUUCCUGGACCCAGGCUCCGACGGCUACUUGGGCGCUGGAUUCGCCACCGUUUCUAUGAAUUCUGACGGCGCAACUGUCGCGUCAAUAGCGAAUUCAAACUCUUCACAUGCGUCCAUUGCUUCGUCGGUGACGCUGCCGCAACGGUUAAUCCAAGCCCUAGGUGGCACUACAAUGAGCAUUAAACAGCGUCUGGCUGAGAUAGAUUUGUUUGGAGGGUCCCAAUUCUCCUAUUACAUGCCAAACAUUAAAAUGACCACUGCGGGCAACGAGAGGACCGCUGCUGGUCCCGACGGAGCCGUCGCCGGCAGGAAGACGGACAAGUCGGUAAAAUACAGGGUUUCCGACUACAAAGACAUACUGGCUUUCAUGCGAGCGCGCUCCGCAGCCGAGGAAUAUGACAGCAUCGAACGCAUAAACGGGCUGCUGCAGGCCAGGACGCCUCUAAGGCCGCACGGCAUCUUUACGGCGCCUGACUACACGGCUUCCAUCUUCAAGUUCAGCGACGCGUUUCUAACACGACUGUGUACAUUAGGAAAUCGUAUUCUGAGGCUGGCGAACGACAAUGACUGGCGUACGCUGCAGGCGGAGAAUCAGGCACCGCCUGUGCUGCACAUCCACUACACGAGGGACCACGAGGCGCCGUUCAGCUUUAUGCGCAUAGGGGAGAACUUUUCGUGGAAAGAGGAUGAGGAGGUGGGAUUCUCGCGUGAUGAGGAUGCGUGGUUUGCCUACCAGGACGUGGUAGAGGGCAGCGCUUCCGAGUUUGGCCUGGACGAGAUGGACAGCGACGCUAUGCACGUGUCGGCAAGUCAAGACCACUCCAUGCAAAUUUCCAUAGACGACAUGUAUGAGGACGACACAUUUGAUGUGGAUUUGCCACGAAGUCAGCCUGUCGAUGUUGGGUCAACACUGGAACCAGCGCCCGAAGCAACUCACGGCGCUCUAGUGCCGGCACCUGUGGCGGCUUAUGUGGACAUUUUCAAAAUCAAGAAGACGCUGUGCAGCGUGGUGUUACCUCCGCCGGAUUUCCAAGAGGCUCUUGAGAAAGGAAGCUCACAUGGCAGCGCCAGCGCUUCUGCAGAGCCCCGGAAGGAGACCAGUUGCAUGUUCCAGCGGGCCAUAAACGAAACGCUGGACCGCUUACAGAGCUCGGACGUAGCAGCGCUUAGCAGCCACAUCAUGUUCGUAUGUCUGCUGCACGUUUGCAACGAGCAGAAUUUACUUUUGCGGCAGGGAGCUGCGUUGGAGGAUUUUCAAAUCUGCGUCGACGCGCCCAAGGAGCACCACCUGGGCAACUUUUCGAGCACGUUGUCCACUUGA